AAGCGCAGUCUUUCGCAACUUGACGUAAACGGCAGCAGGGUGCUGGUGCGGGUGGAUUUCAACGUGCCCAUCGAACAGGGCAUCGAAGCCAUUGCCGGAUACGACCAGCGUCUCCGGGCAACCCUGCCGACGAUCCAGUACCUGAUCGAGCGCGGCUGCCGGACCAUCCUGUGCUCGCACCUGGGUCGCCCCCGCGCAAAAGUGGACGAGGCGCUGCGGCUGGGGCCGGUGGGCGACCGUCUGGCUGUGCUGCUGGACCACCCGGUGAAGAGCCUUCCUGAGAUCACCGGGCCGUCGGUAGAAGCUGCCAUCGCUGGGAUGGCGCCGGGGGAUGUGGUGUUGCUGGAGAACCUGCGAUUCGACGCGGGCGAAGAGGCCAACGACCCUGGGUUCGCGCAGUCGCUGGCGGCACUGACCGACUACUUCGUGAUGGACGCCUUCGCCGUCGCGCACCGGGCCCACGCCUCGACGGUCGGAGUGACAGAGUAUCUGCCGUCGGCGAUGGGGUUCCUGGUGGAGCGGGAAGUAACGUCGAUGGGACGGGCCCUGGAGUCGCCGGAGAAGCCGCUUGCGGCACUCAUGGGCGGCGCCAAGGUGAGCGACAAGAUACUGCUGCUUGAUAACAUAAUGGACAAGCUGGACCACCUGUUCAUCGGCGGCGGGAUGUGCGUGACAUUCCUCAAGGCGCAGGGGCAUGGCGUGGGGGCGUCGCAGGUGGAGGAGGACCGCCUGGAGUUCGCGCGGGAGAUGCUGGGAGAGGCAGAGAAACGGGGCAUCAAGGUGCACCUGCCCUCCGAGGUGGUGGUGGCCAGCGAGUUCGCCGCCGACCCGGCCGAGGUGCAGGUGUCGUCGGCUGACGGAGUGCCGGAGGGCGGCAUCAUCAUGGACAUCGCGCCGUCUGCAGCUCAGCAGUUUGCCAGCGAGCUUCAGCAGUGCCGCACUGUCAUCUGGAACGGGCCGAUGGGCGUGUUCGAGAUGCCGCGCUUCAGCGAGGGCACGCGGGUAGUCGCGGAGGCCAUUGCCGGCGCGCCGGGCGUCACCAGCGUGGUGGGCGGCGGGUCGACGGCCGAGACUGUAGAGGCGCUGGGGUUGAUGGACAGCAUGACGCACGUUUCCACAGGCGGUGGGGCCUCGCUGGAGUUCCUGGGCGGAAUCGAGCUGCCGGGGAUUGCGGCGACCUGGGAGGCAGUGCAAGCCAUGCCCCGUUCCAUAGUUGCCGGAAACUGGAAGAUGAACACUACGCUGGACGAGGCCGCUACGCUGGCCUCGGAGGUUGCCGAGGGAUUGGCGGAGGCAGGGAGCGUGGAGUUGAUUCUAUGCCCGCCGUACAUCUCACUGGCGGUCGUGCGCCGCGCUGUCAACGGCAGCGGGAUCCACGUCGGGGCGCAGAACAUGCACUACGAGGCCUCCGGCGCGUUCACCGGCGAGGUGUCGGCGGCGAUGCUGCGGAGCCUCUGCCACUACGUGAUCCUCGGCCACUCUGAGCGACGGCAGCUGUUCGGCGAGACCGACGAGACGGUCAACCGCAAAGUCCACGCAGCCCAGGACGCCGGGCUGCGUCCCAUCGUCUGCGUGGGCGAGACGCUGGCGCAGCGCGAGGAGGGCGGAGCCGCCGACGUUGUGGAGGGCCAGGUACUGGCUUGUGUGGCCGACGUGCAUGACAUAACGGACGUGGUGGUGGCCUACGAGCCGGUCUGGGCCAUCGGCACGGGGCGGGCCGCCACUCCCGAAAUCGCCGAGGAGAUCAUGGGGGGCGCGAUCCGCGACGCCCUGCGCGACUUGUUCGGCGACGAUGGCGACUCGGUGCCCCUGCUGUACGGGGGAAGCGUGAACGUGGGCAACGCCGCCGCGUUCGCAGCGCAGCCCAGCAUCAACGGCGCGCUGGUCGGGGGCGCCAGCCUCCAGGCCGACCAGUUCCUGCAGAUCGCCGCCGAGGUGGCGGGAGCGAAGGGGUAG